GACGUCACAUAAGGGCGUGGCGGCUGCAUGAUCGAAAGAGCCGCAGAUUUCUGUAUGACCGCGUCUUGACUGCGUGCAUGAGAGUGCAUUUAUAAAGUAAUAACUCAACUGGAAGGAACUCAAAAUGGCGGCUACAGCGAAGAAAAGUGAUGCUGGGGACAUGAAAGUGACGGUGGAGCCUUCUGCCAAGAAGGACAAGAAGGGGAAGAAGGGGAAGAAGGCAGAUAUGGAUGAUCUUAAGAAAGAAUUGGAGUUGGAUGAACAUAAAGUACCAAUUGAAGAGCUCUUUGAAAGAUUGACCACAAAUCCUGAGACUGGAUUGACUCCGGAAAUUGUUGCCAGAAAUUUGGCCCUAUAUGGCUCAAAUCGGUUAACUCCACCUCCAAAGACGCCAGCAUGGAUCAAAUUCUGUAAGCAGUUAUUUGGUGGUUUUGCAACCCUACUGUGGGUUGGAUCCAUUCUCUGUUUCUUUGCCUUUGGCAUUGAAUGUAGCAAGAAUGGAUUUGAUGAAGCCAUGAAAGACAAUUUGUACCUGGGACUUGUAUUAGCCAUUGUGGUCAUCAUUACUGGAUGUUUCUCUUAUUAUCAAGAAGCUAAGAGUGCUGCUAUCAUGGAGAGCUUUGAAAAGAUGGUGCCACAGGAAGCUUUGAUUCUGCGCGAUGGUCAAUGGAGUUCUGUUAAUGCCGAAUAUGUUGUUGUUGGUGACAUUGUUGAGGUGAAAAGUGGAGAUCGAAUUCCUGCUGACAUCCGCAUAAUCGAAGCAAGAAGUUUGAAAGUGGACAAUUCCUCACUGACUGGUGAAUCUGAACCUCAGUCUCGUGGACCAGAGUUCACAAAUGAUAAUCCACUUGAAACCAGAAACAUCGCAUUUUUCUCUACCAAUGCAGUAGAAGGGAACGCUAAAGGCAUUGUAAUUCAGUGUGGUGAUAAUACAGUUAUGGGACGUAUUGCUAACUUAGCAUCUGGACUUGAUGUGGGCGAGACUCCCAUUGCAAGGGAGAUCGAGCAUUUUAUCCACAUUAUUAGCGGGGUUGCCGUUUUCCUUGGAGUGACUUUCUUCUUCCUCUCAUUCGGAUUGGACUACACAUUAAUUGAAGCUGUAGUCUUCUUAAUUGGCAUCAUCGUUGCCAAUGUUCCUGAGGGCCUGCUUGCAACUGUCACCGUGUGUUUGACUCUAACAGCCAAACGAAUGGCUAAGAAGAAUUGUUUAGUGAAGAACUUGGAAGCUGUAGAGACUUUGGGAUCUACUUCAACCAUUUGUUCUGAUAAAACAGGAACUUUGACGCAAAACCGAAUGACAGUGGCUCAUUUGUGGUUUGACAAUUCAAUUGUUGAGGCUGACACAACUGAAGAUCAAUCUGGCGGUGGUACUACGAGCAAGGAAUCUCUAACCUGGCGAGAAUUGACCCGUAUUGCUAUUCUCUGUAAUCGAUCAGAAUUCAAAGCUGGACAAGAGAGUGUCCCGGUGCAGCAAAGGGAGACAACUGGUGAUGCGUCUGAGUCUGCUUUAACUAAAUAUGCAGAAUUAACUCGUGGAAAUGUUAAAGAAUUUCGAUCUAAAAAUCCAAAAAUUGCGGAGAUUCCAUUUAACUCCACCAAUAAGUACCAGGUGUCUGUUCAUGAGGUUGAAGGUGAUGAGCGUUACUUGAUGGUGAUGAAAGGAGCACCUGAAAGAAUCCUUGAUCGUUGUAGCACCAUAUCGUUGGAUGGAACUGAAAAGCCUUUGGGUGAUGAGAUGAAAGCUGCUUUCAACAAUGCUUACUUAGAGCUUGGUGGUCUAGGAGAGCGUGUGCUUGGCUUCUGUCAGUUUUGGUUACCUGUUGAUAAAUUUCCUCGUGGUUUUGAAUUCAAUGUUGAAAGUGAUGUAAACUUUCCUCUUGAUAAUUUGUGUUUUGUUGGACUCAUGUCUAUGAUCGAUCCUCCUCGUGCUGCUGUCCCUGAUGCUGUGGGCAAGUGUCGAAGUGCAGGAAUUAAGGUUAUCAUGGUAACAGGAGAUCAUCCAAUCACAGCAAAGGCCAUUGCUAAAGGUGUUGGUAUUAUUUCUGAAGGAAAUGAGACUGUAGAAGAUAUUGCUCAGCGUCUUAGUGUACCAGUUAGUGAAGUAAACCCACGUGAUGCCAAAGCUUGUGUUGUUCAUGGAUCUGAAUUGAAAGACAUUUCAAAUGAAGCCCUAGAUAGUAUUCUCAGUGAACACACAGAAAUUGUGUUUGCUCGUACUUCACCUCAGCAGAAGUUGAUCAUUGUAGAAGGUUGUCAGAGGGCUAAGCAGAUUGUGGCUGUGACGGGAGAUGGUGUCAAUGAUUCUCCUGCCUUAAAGAAAGCAGAUAUCGGCGUUGCUAUGGGUAUUGCUGGUAGUGAUGUCAGUAAGCAGGCAGCUGAUAUGAUUCUUCUUGAUGACAACUUUGCAUCUAUUGUAACUGGUGUAGAAGAAGGUAGACUAAUCUUUGACAAUUUGAAGAAGUCCAUUGCCUAUACCCUGACAAGCAACAUCCCUGAGAUAUCUCCAUUUUUGAUUUUCAUCUUGGUGUCGAUACCUCUACCACUUGGCACUGUCACCAUUCUCUGUAUCGAUCUUGGUACUGAUCUGUGGCCUGCCAUUUCACUUGCAUAUGAAGAAGCUGAAAGUGAUAUCAUGAAACGUCAACCUCGUGAUUCUGAGAAAGAUAAGCUGGUCAAUGAGCGUCUCAUCAGUGUUUCUUACGGACAGAUUGGAAUGAUCCAAGCAUCUGCUGGAUUCUUUACUUACUUUGUUAUCAUGGGUGAGAAUGGAUUCCUGCCUAAUCGCUUGGUUGGCUUGAGAUCACAGUGGGAUGAUGUUACCAACCACAGCGUCGAAGAUUCUUAUGGAUCCCAAUGGACAUACCAACAGCGAAAGGUUCUUGAGUACACCUGUCAUACAGCAUUCUUUGUGAGCAUUGUCGUUGUGCAGUGGGCUGAUGUUAUCAUUUGUAAGACUCGCAGGAACUCACUUCUUGAUCAAGGAAUGCACAACUGGGUGUUGAACACUGGUCUCAUAUUUGAAACCUGCUUGGCAGCAUUCCUGUCAUAUUGCCCAGGUCUUGAGAAUGGUCUAAGGAUGUACCCACUCAGAAUUAAUUGGUGGUUCCCAGCCUUCCCAUUCAGUCUACUCAUCUUCAUCUAUGAUGAAUGUCGUCGUUACAUCAUUCGUAGCAGACCAGGUGGAUGGGUUGAAAAGGAGACCUACUAUUAGUGUUUAAUGAAAUGAAUUAAAUGAAAUAUUUCAAUAAAUGUGGCAAAGACAGGCCAAACCACUUGCAAAUCGUGUUUCAGAGAUAAUGACCAAAACUGCUGGAAUGUCAGCAUUUUUAAAAUCUGCUUUAUUCCACUAAACUAACCUUUAUAUCUAUACAUCAUGCUAUGUUAUUAUUUUUCCCAUUUUCAAUGUUAAAACAAUAAUUUUUAACAAUAUGGUAAUGGUUUCUGUCUGAGAAAUGCCUAAAAUCGUAAACUUUGAAGGCUGAUUGCUCAAAUAUUUUGCUUUAAACAGCAGUAUGUUUAAACUCCAUAACAAAAUGUCGGAUUUAAAUUAUUCUUUUACCAUUUUAUAUCUCAUUUUUUAACUCUGUAUUGAUAACUAAAAAUCAAUUUUUUUGUGAGAAGUGACUGGUUUGGCUUGUCGUUGCCACAAAUGAUUACACACUCUUGCUACAAUACACAGCGAAAUACCAAACACAGGUCACAUAAAACAUCUAUUAACUUGAAUUUGCCUAGCAGAAUAUCAGUCCAUUUAGUAAACAUCUCUAGAUGAGCCUUGCUAAAAGGCUUAGCAGGAUAUCAGUCUAUUCAAACAUCAUCUCUUGACAUCCAGGUAUAGCUGGAUAAGAGUCCAAUCAAGCAACAUCUCUUGUCCAGGCUUAGCUGAAUAUCAGUCCAUUUAAUACACUUCUCCUAACCACCAAGGUUUAGCUAAAUAUCAGUCCAUUCAAACAACAUCUCCUGGUCAGGCCUAGCAAAAUAUCAGUCCAUUCAAACAACAUCUGUUGACAGCCCUUUCUGGAUGUCAGUUCAUUCAAUAAACAUAUCUUGACCAGGCCUUGCUGGAUAUCAGUCCAUUCAA